GCCAACAGGAACCCUGCCUGGGCGGGAGUAGACCGCCUCCCAGCCCCGCCUCUCGACAGAGAACGGAGGUUGUUUUCUCUGAAGAAAAAUUUCCUUUUGCGGUCUGGCGGCGAGUUGUUUAUUUUCUUAUUGUUGUUUCUGUUUUUAAUUGCUUUUUACCCCUAUCCCCACGUCUUAAUUUAACAUUGUAAUUCUCUUGUUUUAAAUAUCGGCGUAGUUUUAAACAAAACCGUAAUUACCGAGUUAUUUCUGUCUCAGGUCGCAGUCGUGCGAGGAGGUUUUGAGGUCCCCUCGAGGUAUGAGUUCACAAUGAAGAGGCGAUUGGAUGAACAGGAUCCGGUUUUUGCGUCUCAGCAGCGUCGCCUUGCAAGCAGCACGGAAAGCUUCCAGCACCGUGUGCUGGCACCAGCGCCGGCAGUGUACGAGGCAGUGUCAGAGAACAUGCAGCCCACCACUGGCAUCCAGUACUCCGUCCCUCAGGGGUACCAGGUAAGCCCUGCAGUGGACACCGGGACCCUUUGGAUCCAGGUACCGACAGUGGCCCAGAGCUCCAGUAGCCAUGGGCACACCCCAGGGACAGCUGUGCAUAGCGGGGGGCAUCACCACCCCCCAACCGUACCACCCCACAGUGGGCAGGUAGUGCAGAGCCACCCCCAUGCCCCCACACCCACCGCCCCUGUGCAGGGCCAGCAGCAGUUCCAGAGGCUCAAGGUUGAAGAUGCUCUGUCCUACUUGGACCAGGUGAAGUUACAGUUUGGGAGUCAGCCCCAAGUUUACAAUGACUUUCUUGACAUAAUGAAGGAGUUUAAAUCACAAAGCAUUGAUACUCCAGGGGUGAUCAGCAGAGUCUCUCAGCUCUUCAAGGGCCACCCAGACCUGAUUAUGGGCUUCAACACUUUCCUGCCUCCGGGUUAUAAAAUAGAGGUGCAGACUAAUGACCUUGUGAACGUUACCACACCAGGGCAGAUCCAUCACAUCACCCCACAUGGCAUCCAGGUGCAACAACUGCCCUUACCCCAACCACCACAGCACCAGCCCCCGCCCCCAGCACCAGCCACUCCUGCUGCAGCACCUCCCGCUGCCCAGCCCACACCAGCAAAAAUCAGCAAGCCCCUGCAGUCUCCAGCCCUGACCCCUACCAGCCAGUCCAAUCCGUCCAUCCCCCCCUACGCCUCCCCACGGUCCCCACCAGUGCAGCCCCACACACCCGUCAGCGGUACUCCCGCCAGCGCCCCGCCACUGCAGAACAACCAGCCCGUGGAGUUCAACCACGCCAUCAACUACGUGAACAAGAUUAAGAACCGCUUCCAGGGUCAGCCUGACAUCUACAAAGCCUUCCUGGAGAUACUGCACACUUACCAGAAGGAACAGCGCAAUGCAAAGGAAGCAGGUGGGAAUUACACCCCAGCGCUGACGGAGCAGGAAGUCUAUGCACAGGUAGCCCGUCUCUUUAAAAAUCAGGAGGACCUUCUCUCAGAGUUUGGACAGUUCCUGCCAGAUGCCAACAGCUCUGUGUUUAAUUUCCUUUUCCCACAGCUGUUAAGUAAGACGACAGCAGAGAAGGUAGAGGCUGUGCGAAACGACCACGGUGGCACUGUAAAGAAACCCCAGCUCAACAAUAACAAGCAGAGACCCAACCAGAACGGCUGUCAGAUCCGCCGGCACUCUGGAAGUGGUGCCACUCCUGUUAAGAAGAAGCCCAAGCUCCUGGGCCUGAAGGAUCAGUCCCAGACUGAGGCUAGUAAGCAUGGUGUUGGAACAGAGUCCCUCUUCUUUGAAAAGGUCCGGAAAGCGCUCCGCAGUGCAGAGGCAUAUGAGAACUUCCUGAGGUGCCUUGUAAUCUUCAACCAGGAAGUUAUCUCCCGGACCGAGCUGGUGCAGUUGGUGUCGCCGUUUUUAGGGAAGUUCCCAGAACUGUUCACCUGGUUCAAGAAUUUCCUUGGGUACAAAGAGUCAUCCCACAUCGAGAGCUUCCCCAAAGAGCGGGCCACAGAGGGCAUUGCCAUGGAGAUAGACUACGCAUCCUGUAAGAGACUGGGCUCCAGCUACAGGGCUCUCCCCAAGAGCUACCAGCAGCCCAAAUGUACUGGAAGGACCCCACUGUGCAAGGAGGUUUUGAAUGAUACGUGGGUGUCAUUCCCAUCCUGGUCUGAGGACUCCACCUUUGUGAGCUCAAAGAAGACCCAGUAUGAGGAACACAUUUACAGAUGUGAGGAUGAGAGAUUUGAGCUGGAUGUAGUCUUAGAAACGAACCUGGCCACGAUGCGCGUGCUGGAGACAGUCCAGAAGAAGCUCUCCCGAAUGUCUGCGGAGGAACAGGCGAAAUUCCGACUGGACAACACGCUGGGCGGCUCCUCCGAGGUUAUCCACCGCAAGGCCAUCCAGAGGAUAUAUGGCGAGAAGGCGCCUGACAUCAUCGACGGGCUGAAGAAGAACCCAGCCGUGUCCGUCCCCAUUGUACUGAAGAGGUUAAAAACAAAGGAAGAAGAGUGGAGGGAAGCCCAGCGAGGUUUCAAUAAGAUUUGGAGGGAACUUAAUGAGAAAUAUUAUCUGAAAUCCCUGGACCACCAGGGCAUUAACUUCAAACAGAAUGACACCAAGGUGCUGCGCUCCAAGACGCUGCUCAAUGAAAUCGAGAGUAUCUAUGAUGAGCGGCAAGAGCAAGCAUCAGAGGAUAAUGCCAUUCCACUGACGGGACCUCACAUGACGCGAUCUUACGAAGACAAGCAGAUCCUGGAGGAUGCUGCCUCCCUCAUCAUCCAUCACGUCAAGAGGCAGACUGGCAUCCAGAAGGAGGACAAGUACAAGAUCAAGCAGGUCAUCUACCACUUCAUCCCAGACCUGCUGUUUGCACAGCGAGGGGAGCUCUCCGACGUGGAGGAGGAAGAGGAGGCAGAGAUGGAGCUGGAUGAAGGCAACGACAAGAAGCACAACGGGGUGGCGUCAGGAGGGGGAGGAGGGGGCAGCCCCACCAAGUCCAAGCUGAUGUUCAGUAACACUAACGCUCAGAAGCUUCGGGGCUCGGAAGAGGCCUACAACCUUUUCUAUGUCAACAACAACUGGUACAUCUUUCUGCGGCUGCACCAGAUCCUGUGCUGCAGGCUGCUGCACAUCUAUGGACAGGCAGAGAAGCAGAUUGAGGAAGACUGCCGUGAGAGGGACUGGGAAAGGGAGGUGCUUGGUCUCAAACGGGACAAGAACGAUAACCCUGCCAUCCAGCUCAGACUCAAAGAGCCCAUGGAUAUUGAAGUGGAGGAUUAUUACUCUGCGUUCCUGGAGAUGGUGAGAAACUUGCUGGAUGGGAACAUGGAUGCGUCUCAGUAUGAGGAUACUCUGCGGGAGAUGUUCACCAUCCACGCUUACAUGGCAUUCACCAUGGACAAGCUCAUCCAGAGCAUUGUCAGACAGCUCCAGCACAUAGUAAGUGAUGAGAUCUGUGUACAGGUGACCGAACUGUACCUCUCGGAGAGUUUAAAUGGUGCCACAGGGGGUCUCCUGAACACACAGUCAUCCAGAGCUAGCUCGGAGGUGGCCUACCAACGCAAAGGAGAGCAGCUCAUGUCUGAUGAGAACUGUUUCAAGCUGAUGUUUUUCCAGGACAGAGGGCAGGUGCAUCACACUAUCGAGCUACUGGACACAGAGGAGGAGAACUCCGACGAGCCUGCAGAGGCUGAGCGCUGGUCAGAUUAUGUAGAGCGAUAUGUGAACUCCGACUCUACCUCCCCGGAGCUGCGAGAACAUCUAGCACAGAAGCCUGUGUUUCUCCCAAGGAACCUGCGACGGAUACGAAAGUAUCAGAGAGGACGGGAGCAACAGGAGAAAGAGGGCAAGGAAGGAAGUGGGAAAAAGUCAGUGGAGAAUGUGGAGAAUCUGGACAAGAUGGAGUGCAAGUUCAAGCUCAAUUCAUACAAGAUGGUGUAUGUGUUCAAAUCAGAGGAUUACAUGUACCGGAGGACAGCCCUGCUCAGGGCUCACCAGUCCCACGAAAGGGUCAGCAAGAGGCUGCACCAGCGUUUUCAGGCCUGGGUGGACAAGUGGGCAAAGGAGCAUGUGACCCAUGAGAUGGCAGCCAACACCAGCAAGUGGCUGAUGGGAGAAGAUCUGGAGGGGCUGCUGCCUUGUACGACCACUUGCAAUAAGGAAAUCCUGCACUUCAUGAGCAUUAACAAAUACCGCGUUAAGUACGGCGCGACAUUCAAAGCACCGUAAACUGGCAGAGAUUUUUAUUUAUUUUUAUUUUUUUUUGGAGGGUGGGGUGGAGGGGGUUAAUUCAUAUUUGUGGUUGGGUCUACAAAAUCUUGUGGUGGAGAUACAAAGCUGACUGCCGUAUUGUAUCGGGUGCCAGCAGGUAUUUUUUUGUUUGUUUUUUGGUUUUAUCAGCCUUUUAGAUGUACCUGCAUUUGCGGGGCCUUGGUGCCAAAAUUAGAAAAUCUAGUCAUUUUUCUUUAACCUUCCCAACCCCACCUCCAAACCAAAACCAUAAACACAGGCCUGUGUUAUAAACCAGUUGGGGGAUUUCUUUCUCUUGUUGCAGGUAUUUUAAAAUGGGUACAGGUUUAACAGCAGUCAGUGAGCACCAACCAGCAAUGGAUUGCUGCACUUGAUGAAAUGUGUUAAGAGACUGCUUUUGUACAAAAAUAAACACACAGUUGCAUUUUCCUGAUAUCUCCAGGAAUUUAUUUCUUGUGAGUGAGGGGCUGAUGGAGAUCAUUGCAAACUGAGAUGUUUGCUAGCAAGGAAGAACAUCUGCAAUUUCCAAGUUUUUUUGCCCUUUUACAAAAAAAAAAAAAAGUAUG